AUGAAGAUAAUCACUUGGAAUGUUAGGGGAGCCUCGAAUAAUGCUUUUGUUUCACAUGCAUGGGAUGUGGUUCGUUUUCAUAACCCCUCCAUCUUUGUCAUUUUUGAAACUAAAGCGGAGGAACGUCGUGCUAGACAAGUUACUAAGCUUUUAGGGUUUGAUGAUUUUAAAGCUAUGCCUCCUCAUGGGUUGAAGGGAGGUAUAUGGCUUAUGUGGAAGCGAAAUGUAAAACUAGUUAGUUGGAGUGAAGUCUCUCCGUAUUACUUCCACUCCUUGUUCAAGUUUAUCCCUAAUAAACCGGAAGUGCUCAUUAUGGGUAUGCAUGCCCCUGCUACAGCUAAAGAGAGACAUCAGAUGUGGCGAAAUAUGGAGCAGAAUCUUCCUCCUGACCAGGUGCCUUGGAUGGUUGUGGGAGACUUGAAUGAGGUGAGGAGUCAGGGGGAGAAGACCGGUGGUAGGGUGUUUCGCUCCACACAAUGUAAGGACCUUAACUCCUUCAUGGAUGCGUUAUGCCUAGUUGAUCUUGGGUUUGAUGGUAAUCCGUUUACAUGGACAAAUGCAAGAGAGGGUACGGCUUUGAUUCGAGAGCGCUUGGAUAGGGCCUUAGCUAAUCAUACUUGGAUCACUCAAUUUUCGGGAACGCAGAAAAAGAGAAUUCAUGCAAGAUUGAAUGGGAUCCAAACUUCUCUCUCGUUGCGUAAUUCUGACUUUUUAGUUCAUCUGGAGAAGCAACUUCUUCUAGAUCUGAAUAAUAUACAUCAUGUUGAAAGAAGAAUCUGGGCUCAAAAAGCUGGGUUCUAUUGGCGGAAUUUUGGAGACUAUAAUACUCGCUAUUUUCACGUGUUGGCUAAGAUUAAAAAAUCUAAAGGAAAAAUACAUGCAUUGCAAGAUUUAGAUGGAAACUGGGUUUUUGAUGAUUUGCAUCUAAAAAAUAUGGCAAGAAAAGCUUUCAUGAACAUCUUUUCUACUAAACAUUCCUUUAGCAAACGUAUGCAUUCUUUCGAAUCUCACAUUCAUAUUUUGCAUGAGGAUGGCCUUGAUCUAACAAAAAUGUUUUCAAAAGAAGAAGUAGAGGUCAUUGUUAAGUCCAUGGCUCCUUUAAAAAGUCCAGGGCCGGAUGGUAUUCAACCCAUCUUUUACCAAAAAUUCUGGGGUAUUCUUAAUGAUCACUUGGUAUGUUUUUUAAAUGAUUGCUUUGAUAAAGGUGUUGUUCCAGAUUCUAUUAACAGGUCUUACAUAUGUCUCAUUCCAAAAAAGGAAGCCCCUACUGUUAUAAAUGAUUUUCGUCCAAUUGGCCUUUGUAAUACUAUCCUCAAACUUUUAACCAAUUCCAUUGCUGCUAGGUUGCGUAAUAUCAUGCCUAAUUUGAUUAAUCACCUUCAAACUAGCUUCAUUCUAGACAGGACCAUAGAUGAAAACAUCAUUAUUCUUAAAGAGGUUGCUCAUAUGUUCAAAAAGGUUAAGAGGGGCAAAAAUGUUAUGGCUAUCAAGAUUGAUCUCACUAAGGCCUUUGAUAGUUUGGAAUGGGCUUUCAUUAGAGAGACCUUGCUUGGGUUUAAGUUUCCGGUUAAGCUAGUUAAUAUCAUCAUGAGUGUUAUCACGUCCCCCUCAAUUUCUGUUUUGUGGAAUGGUGAAAUUACAAAUGAUUUCCUGCCUACAAGAGGGAUUCGCCAGGGUGACCCUCUCUCACCCUACAUUUUUGUGUUGUGCAUGGAAAGACAUAGUCAAUUAAUUCAUGAAAAGGUUAACCUUAAUCUUUGGAAGCCUCUGAAAAUUGCCAAAGACAUUGGUCUCUCCCAUCUUUUUUAUGCAGAUGAUGUUUUCCUUUUUGGGAAAGCGUCACGGGCAAAUUUAGAUGUAAUUCUAGGGGUUUUGAAAGAUUUCGGGGAACUUUCGGGUCUUUUCCUUAAUGCCUCAAAAUCAACUAUCAUUGUUCCUCGAAAGAUGGAUCAUAAUGUUAGGCAUUCUAUCUCUAGCCAUUGUAAUCUGCGUGUUUCCUCGGACUUUGGGAAUUAUUUGGGGAUCCAGAUUUCUCCUAAUAAGCUCAGGAAGUCUGAUUAUAUGGGCCUUAUGGACAAGACUAAGGAUAGAAUUCGAGGAUGGCAGGCUAAACUCUUAAAUAUGGCGGGUAGAUGCACUCUUAUCAAAUCGGUUCUUAACACUUACCCUCUUUAUGCUAUGCAAACAAACAUUAUUCCUAUGAGUGUUCUUGAUGAGUUGCAAAAAAAUACCAAACGUUUCUUGUGUAAUAAGGUAGGUCAAAGGCACUAUAUUUCUCGAACCUCAUGGAGUCAAGUUUGUAAUCCUAUGAAAGUAGGGGGCCUUGGGAUUAGGGACCUUAGGAGAUGGAAUACUUGCUUUAUGGCCAAAUUGGGGUGGAAAUUCCUAACGCAACCUACUAAACUCUGGGUCCAAAUCUUGAAAGCUAAGUAUUGUAGAGGUUCUAACUUUCUUGAUGCUAUUCCUAACCAGUCUCAGUCUUCUAUUUGGAGGGAUAUCUUUAAAGGGAGGGAGCUCUUGAACAAAGGGCUUGUCUUUAAUAUUGGGAAUGGGGAAGACAUUUCUUUAUGGUAUCAUCAUUGGGUUGGUGAUGGACCUCUUUAUAAACAUAGAGACAUUUCUAUCCCUGAUUCUAAGGCUCAUUGGAGGGUGGCUCGAAUUAUUCGUAAUGGAACUUGGUAUUUGGACUCUAUUAUUUCCUUGCUCCCUCAGGAUAUUGUCCUUGAAAUAAAAGCUAUUCCGCUUCCUAAGCUAGCUGUGGUUAAGGAUGGUCUAAGAUGGGCUUUCUCCAAAGAUGGCCAAUUUGAUAUUAAAUCUGCCUACCAUAGUACUGAGAAUCAUGUUCACUCCAUUUGGCCUGUUCAAAAUCUAUGGUCUAAACUCUGGAAAAUUCAUGCUCCUUUUAAAUAUAAAAUGUUGUUGUGGAAUGUUGUUCAUGGAAUCCUCCCAACUGCUGAAAAUUUACAAUUGAAAAUUCAUCAUUUUGAUCCUCAAUGUCAAUGCUGCUAUAAUCAGAUUGAAACCCAUCUGCAUCUUUUCAGAUUAUGUUUUCAUGCUAGCAUUCUUUGGAAGCACAUUUUCCAGUUUUUUAACUUAGCCAAACAGGUGGAUGUAGUAAGUUUCUUUAAUAGUGACUGGUAUGAUUGGAUUCUGUUUAACUUCAGGCAACCGAAAGGUUGGCUUGAGAUCUUUGUUAUUGCCAUAUGGCAUAUUUGGAAGAACAGAAACAAAGCGGUCUUUGAUGGAGUAAUGGCAAGAUCUUCUACGCAAUACAAUCAUUUUUUUAUUGACUAUCUGCAUAACAAUGAUGCUUUCCUAAAACAGAAUGUGACAAAUCAGAAGGUCAGUCAACCCACUGUUUGGAGACCUCCAGUUCAUGGCUAUCUGAAGUUGAACACAGAUGGUGCUUGGAAAUCAAAUAAUAAGGCAAGUGGAGGUGGCGUAAUAAGAAGAACUGAUGGGUCUUGGUUUAUGGGCUUUUCGACAAAGUUUGAUGCUAUCAAUCCUGCAGCAGCUGAGCUAGCAACUAUUAGAGAAGGUUUAUCUCUGGCUAAGGACCAUAACAUCAGCAGGUUAGAGGUGGAAACGGAUGCCCAAGCCUUGAAGAUAAUGAUGGAUAGAGCUGAGAAACUUCCCCAUCAUCAGCUCAGCGCGAUUAUAUGUGAUAUAGUCAAGUUACUUAAAACCAACUGGGUGGUUGUCUUCCUUCACGCAAAGAGGGAUGCUAACAUGGUUGCUCACAAGUUAGCUAAGUUUGGCAUGGAUAUGGAGAGGGACAAGGUCACUCACACUGCUCCCCCUCAAUGUGUAUUGCAGGAAUACAUGCAAGAGCUGGUCAAUCCAAUAGCCCAGUAA